UCCCAGCGUCGUUCAGCACAUCGUCAUCUUCGUGCAAAGGCGGCAUCUAACUCGCCGUAUUUGCAGCCCGCUUUUGCACCCGCUUUAGAUUUUCCCACGAUGCUACUAGUACAGUAGCAUGACCAGGAUGCGGGGAGGAUCUCUCGGCUCUGGCGAUACUGCUGUUGGCAGGCAACUACCUUGUCUUUCGAAACUGCCACCGAACUCGCCGGAGGUUAUUGUCAAGAAUACAAUCAGCGUAAAUGAUCCUGCUUCUAUUCUUGUCCAGCAUAGAGAUGAUCGCCGCCGCCAGUUCAACAGUCUAGUCCGCAGAUAUAAACACCAAAUUCUUUACGGAUGCGAAAAUCCGGAAUGCCGAACUCCUACUUGUUUGAGUUAUCAGAAGAAGGCGACGGAUGGGCCAUUUCGACAGUACACAGAUCUAAGCGCACGUACACUGGCCUGCUACCUAGCAAGCCAGGAUAAUGCGGAUAGGGGACUAUGCCGCAAUCCACCACGACCUCCCAGUGAUUUUCCACCAGUGCAUUCGUCCCAUCGCCAUCGACAUCACAGGGACAAUACGAUUGAUGCGCAGCCAAUAGCCAACCCCCCUGGCGGCGAAAUUCACCCUUCCUCACUUCAAUCCCAAACAUCUGCAGAUGCAUCUUCCGAAACAUUAUGUGAGCUCACUGAGAGAUCUACGCAGGGCUCGCUCUUCUCCAAUUCGUCCCGCGCCAAGGAUCCUAAAUCUUUCACACAGAACCUUUUUGAUACGCUGUCGCUACGAAUGGUCGAAUGGCUGCCAUUACGUCAGUCAACCGCAGAGAAUCACCUUUGUGCAAGUCCUACUUUGCAUGGAAGGCGAAAGGUACCGCUGAGUUUUUCGGCGAAUGAGACAGGUUAUAAACAUACCUCCAAUGACCACGGAGGUAAACAACGAACCCAUGCACAUUCUAUCAGCAAUACCACCAUAAGCGAAGUACAAGCGUCUACCAACCGCCAAAGGCGACCUCAGCACUCAGCCCUGGAGGUGAGAGUUUCCGGUCAGCCAGUAAAGCGUGUCUCCCUUGAACAAGUCGAACCGUGGCUACAAACACCACGAGCCACAAGUGAGAACAAGCCAAAAGUUAGCCGUAUACCGAGUUCCAAGUCCACUCCAUCAAAAGGCUUAUCACAGCAGCCGUUCUUCCCUCCUCCCGCGCUCAAACACCGUUCAAAGAAAAGCAAUCAAACAAUUCAUAAUUCUCAGAAAAAAUCAAGUAACCCACGACGAGUUUCCUGGGAUGGAUCUAAGUUCCCUAAAGAAUUAUCUCAUACUAGAGAAAACAGUGAUGAAAUGGUGAAGUUGGAAGAAACAUCCGAAGAUCUCUCUCCUUAUGUUACGCCUCCACAUUUUCGACAGAAUGAUGACAGCACAUCGGAUUCAACGUCUACAGUGCAAACUGUCAGUCAUCUAUCAACGGAUAUUGUUGAUGGCUUGUAUAAAUUACUUGCUGACAACGAAGAUGAUGCCCAAAGAUGGAAGGAAGAAGUCGAUAAUAUGAAUAUUCAAGGAAGGUCCGACAACUAUCAAUGGCGGUUUGCCUCAGUUCGCCAACGCGAAGUGUAUCCUUUCGUGGCACAGUCUAUAUACUAUGGGCUGAGUAGCAGUCAACAAUUGCUUCAGUCAUUUCGAGGAAAUCUUCCUCCGUUACACGAAGGUCACGACACCACAGAACCUACCACGAUUGAUUUGCAUGCUUUAGAAUCUACUCUUCGAAAACUACACGAGAUUUGCCCGUGGGAACUGAUUUUGAAUAGUUUGUGGAGUUCUUUAGAGCGAUUGUUUAUACCACCUAAAAACCUUCCGCUUAUGCUCCGAAAUAGCAGACGUAUGUCUCAAUAUAUGACAGGAAAUCGAUCUCCAAUUUCAUCCCGGCCAACGCCACCGAUUUCCGAAGAACCAUUAUCCGACAUAGAUGCGGCUCAUAUGCUGACCGUCGUCUUUUUUGUCUUGAUUACCUUCCUACCCAAGGUUGACUCACAAACUUGGAGAGGUAUUCAGGAGGUGCGUGAAGCAGGAAUUGUUUUACCUAGCGCCCAACUGCAAAAACUACCUCUUCACAACUCCGAGGUACUUCUAGAUACUACUGACAAGUUGGAAAACGACCUAGCCCUUCGACUUGUUCGUCGUCUUGUGCGCGCUCUUGCUGCUCGGUUAGCGUUCUACGAAAUAUCAAAGACCAGAUCCAUUCCGGCAUCAGACAUUAAACAGAAACGGCCUCCGAGUGUGUUAGAACUACUAUUUAACAAUCUGUGUGGGCAGUAUGAGACCUUGCAAAAAGUCGCCGAGCAGAAUAUUCAGCCUUCAGUCAUAGAAAGUCCCAUUAGAGCAUCCGUUAUGGUGGAAUGGCUUCGCACACUAUUUCUAAAAGAAUGGGAUGGCAAGCCUGAAAUUUUGAGAUCUGGAACUGCGGGUGGAGCCGUGCAGAUAUUGUCAUCCUUGUAUAAAGACCGAAGACGGCUUGGACUCGAAGCAGAAGAUUUUCAUACUGCUUUCUUGUCAGAAAGGCUCGAUCCGAUGGAGAUGCCUGUUGAAUGGCUUGGUAGAACGGCCAGCAACAACAAAAAAUUGCAUCUUCUAUCAUUCACCUUUCUUUUCCCGCCAGCCGCACUGGUAAAAUAUUUCCGCGCCAUCAAUUAUACGGCCAUGUCUAAGGCAUACGAAGCAGGAAUGAUUGCUCAACGGCAAGCGAGUCAGACCGCUUUCAACCGCACUAUACAAAUUGCUGAUGAGAUAAGUCUGUUGGCCCGCUUACACACCUCAAUGACACAGUACUUCAUCAUCUCCGUCCGCCGGAACCAUGCCAUUGUCGAUGCUUUCAAUCAAAUAUGGCGUCGCGAGAGGCGGGAACUGAUGCGUCCUCUGAAAGUCAAGAUGGGAAUGGAUUUGGGAGAAGAAGGGGUCGAUCUCGGCGGCGUGCAACAAGAGUUCAUGACUUUGGUCUUCGCUGAGGCACUUGAUCCUGAUCAUGGACUCUUCACAGUGGACACUCGUACCCAUAUGGCGUGGUUCCAGCCGUGCUCGCUAGAAGGGUUGGAACACUUCGAGCUGAUUGGCAUUUUGAUGUCACUAGCUAUUUACAAUGGUCUCACACUUCCUAUCACCUUACCUACGGCCUUUUACCGCAAACUUCUGGGUCUGAAGGUAAAGCACAUAGAUCAUAUCCGUGAUGGAUGGCCCGACCUUGCAAAAGGAUUGGAGAGUCUUCUUUCAUGGAGCGAUGGCGAUGUUAGUGACAUUUUUAUGAGAAGUUACGAAUUUAGUUUUGAGGCAUUCGGCAGUGUCAAGGCGGUAGACAUGAAACAAAUUGGCCGAGAUGCAAAUUGGCCGUUGGCCCCUCUCUCUCGCGAACGAACACGGAGCAAUGCUUCCGAGUACUCUACCACCCCUAAAACAGAAUAUUCAAAGGGCAAUAUCAACGUCCCACAAGGCAAAAAUGAUUCGGAAUCGUUUCAAAAUGGAAUACUCAAGGGGGCCGCCUAUGCUACACCAUUGCCAACGCCUUCCUAUCAACAAACGGAUGAGCCCAUUUUGGUUACCAACGAGAAUCGAGAGCAAUAUGUCAAAGACUAUAUAUUCUGGCUAACCGACAAGUCCAUAAGACCUCAAUUCGAAGCCUUUUCUCGGGGCUUCUUUACCUGCCUCGACCGUUUGUCUCUGUCGAUAUUCACCCCGGAGGCUCUUCGAACACUGGUAGAAGGCAUUCAAGAGUACAAUAUGGAUGAGCUACAGCGCUACGCUACCUAUGAUGGCGGCUGGGACGCGGAUCAUCCUCUGAUUAUGGCGUUUUGGGAUAUUGUCAAGCUGUAUUCGCGCGAGCAGAAAGCACGCCUUCUAGAGUUUGUCACCGCCAGUGAUCGUAUUCCGGUCAAUGGCAUCUCCAGCAUCAACUUCGUGAUUCAAAGAAACGGAUCAGGAGACGACCGCCUUCCAACCAGCUAUACCUGCUACGGCCGGUUGCUAUUGCCAGAAUACACAGGGUCCAAGGCUUUGGAGGAAAAUCUAGACAUGGCGCUGAAGAACUCACGCGGAUUCGGCAAUUUCUAGGCCAUUUUGCAUUUCAGGCAGGGUUUUGUUUGCUAUUGAGGCAUCUCGAUUUCUUAGCAUGUAUUUAUUAUCUAGCUACGAGAACAUCUGGAGCAGGGGUGUAGAUAUUGGACGACUGCAUAUACACAUCUCAAUAAUUAUUCCGCCUAACCAUUAUUAUUGAAAGCAUUUCCUCGAAUAGACUGGCCCUGGCUUAGUAAAGGAUGACUCACUCCGAAACCCUCCCGCCGAGACGCGGCCCUGACAGCAAAAUCACCC